AUGGCGUCUAUUCUCCAAGCUGAUGUGUACGUUUCCUCGCGGCUACCCAUUGCCAUAAAACGUGCUGGAGAGUCGAGUUCCUUCUCUCCGAUAUCUUGCACCCUAAUCCAUGGAGACUCCGAAGCUGUCCUAGUAGACACUCCGAUAUCCGUCUCCCAAACCGAAGACCUCGUCCGUUGGAUCAAAGACACUGCACCGGGCAAAGACGUCCGCUACGUUUACAUCACCCAUGGCCACGGCGACCACUGGUUCGGUAUAACCGUGCUUCGAAAGCACUGGCCUAAUCUAUGUGCAAUUGCUACACCCGGAACCGUCGAGCAUAUGAAAGAGCAGCUUAGGCCAGCGAUCCUCGAUGGGCUUUGGCGCACGCUGUUUCCGGGAGGCCAGAUUCCUGCCUAUCCCGAGCUCGCGCAGGUGAUGGAAUCUCCAGUGUUUGAGCUAGAAGGAAACGAGUUCCAGGCGGUCGAGGUUGGCCAUACGGAUACCUACGAUACCACUGUGCUGCAUGUGCCGAGCAUUAAACUUGUGGUGGCGGGGGAUGCUGUUUAUGGAGAUGUUCACCAGUUCUUUGGUGAAGCAGAUACUCCCGAGAAGCGACGCGAGUGGCUUCGUGCGCUUGAUACGAUUGAAGCUCUUCGGCCACACACUGUCAUUGCAGGCCACAAGCGCGUCGGAACAGUGGAUGGCUUGUUUAAUCUGCACAAGACCCGGCAGUAUAUUCUUGAUUUUGAGGAAGCAGUUGCGGUUUCUUCGAACUGGGAGGACCUGUGGAGGGAAAUCCAACGACGGUACCCCAGACGGAUUAACCCCCAUGCUAUUCUGAGGGGAGCCAUGGCGGCGUUUCCUGACAGUUGA